AUUUCCUGGAGAAGAUUUGGGAUCAUUAAAAAAAGAGGAAAGGAAGCAUUCCAUUUUCUAGAAAGCGAGCAAGACCUCUCAAUCCCCUAUACAGCCGCCGCCAUAUUGUUUACCUCUGCUCGGCCGCUACUCUCUGACUCUACAUUUCUCCGUCAUCUUCUGCUCUUGCUUUCGCAUGCGCGCGCAUGUUGAGGAGAAGACUUCAUUACGUAAAGACGUAAUAGGUUACCUGCGAUUGAUUUUGGGUUGUGCUAUUAGCAUACAAGAAUGGCCGGGAAAGCUAACAAGGCAAAGAGCAGGGGGAAAUACCUGCAUCGGAACUCUACUGAAUCUUUAGAGCCGGUGCCCUCAACAGAAAUUUCUGUUUCGCUAGAUUCUGUUAAUAGCGAUGUUCGCGAAGCCAAUGGUACUGCUGAUAGUAAGGCAGAGAAUAAUAAGGAGGUAACUGCAAAUACUCCAGAAGCAACGCAAACAAAAGCUGAAGGCGAAUCUUGCUUGUAUCCUGUAUCUGUUAGGACACCAUCGGGAGAAAAACUUGAAUUGCAGCUAAGCCCAGGAGAUUCUGUAAUGGACAUCAGGCAGUUUCUUCUUGAUGCUCCAGAGACUUGCUUCUAUACCUGCUAUGACCUAGUUCUGCAUGCUAGUGAUGGUUCCCCUCACCAGCUAGGGGAUUAUAGUGAAAUCUCUGAAUUUGCUGAUAUUUCCGCAGGUGGAUGCUCCUUAGAGAUGUUUGGAGCUCUAUAUGAUGAUAGAUCUAUUAGAUCUCAUGUUCGUCGUUCCCGAGAUCUGAUUUCUCUUUCGAAUCUUCAUACAUCAUUGUCAACAUCACUAGCCUUGCAGCAUGAACCUUCCCAGCAAAAGUCUCCAGAUGCUGUCAAAGUGGAUACUCUAGAGUUAGAUGGUUUAGGCUUCAUGGAAGAUGUUACUUGUUCUGUCUGCAAUUUGGUGGUGUCAUCACCUAUGGACAUUAAAUGUGUAGAAAGCAUUACUUUUUCUUCUUUCAAUCCUCCUCCGAGCUAUAGGCGGCUUGUUGGAGAUUUGAUCUAUAUUGACAUUAAAAUUCUGGAAGGGAGUGAGCUUUGUAUAAGUGGAACAACAAAGGGUUUCUAUGUCAAUUCCAGCACUGGAAACAUAUUAGAUCCAAAACUAGCUAAGACAGCACACGAGGCUAGCACACUAGUUGGUUUGCUUCAAAAGGUCAGCCCCAAGUUCAAAAAAGGUUUUCGUGAAGUUUUAGAACGAAAAGCUUCUGGACAUCCUUUCGAAAAUGUUCAGUCUUUGUUGCCACCAAACACAUGGUUGGGCGUCCAUCCAAUUUUAGAUCAUUUCAGAGAUGCAGCAAGAGCAGAAGAUGCUUUGGCUCUUUCUUAUGGGAGUGAGUUAAUUGGAAUGCAGAGGGACUGGAAUGAAGAAUUACAGUCUUGUCGGGAGUUUCCUCAUAGGAGUCUUCAGGAAAGGAUCUUACGUGACAGGGCACUUUAUAAGGUCACUUGUGAUUUUGUAGAUGCAGCAACAAAUGGUGCAAUUGGAGUGAUAAAUAGAUGCAUUCCUCCUAUUAAUCCAACCGAUCCAGAGUGUUUCCACAUGUAUGUGCACAACAACAUAUUUUUUAGCUUUGCUGUGGAUGCAGACCUUGGAUUUAUGUCCAAGGAUCAGAUGCCAAGUACUGAUCUCAAUCUCACUGAAGAUCAUGGCGAUACAAAGUCUUCAAGUAAUACAAUCACUGAAAAUUUCAGCAAUGCAUUUCAUGGAAAGAGCAAGGACUUGAGUUCCACUGCUACGAGCACAAGGGGAGUUCAGACCAUUAUAGAUGAUAAAUCUGUUGCUAGAGCUGAGGCGCAGAUUGCUGAAAGUGAGCAGGCAACUUAUGCUUCUGCUAAUAAUGAUCUGAAAGGAACCAAAGCUUACCAAGAAGCUGAUGUUCCUGGACUAUUUAAUCUUGCCAUGGCAAUAAUUGAUUACAGAGGUCAUAGAGUAGUUGGGCAGAGUAUUAUUCCUGGCAUCCUUCAAGGGGACAAAUCAGAUUCCCUUCUGUAUGGCUCAGUUGACAAUGGGAAGAAAAUCUGUUGGAAUGAAUCAUUUCACGCCAAGGUUCUGGAGGCUGCCAAGCGACUGCAUCUGAAAGAACACGCAGUUUUAGAUGCUUCUGGCAAUGCUAUCAAAUUGGCUGCUCCAGUUGAAUGCAAGGGCAUUGUUGGGAGUGAUGACAGGCAUUAUCUCUUAGACUUGAUGAGGGUAACUCCCCGUGAUGUUAAUUAUACUGGACCUGGAUCCAGAUUCUGUGUGUUGAGGCCAGAACUUGUAAUUUCCUUCUGUGAGGUUGAAUCUGGAAAGCGGCCAUGCUCGCAAUCUAAAAGUGAAGUCCCGGCGUUGUCUGAUUCUCCAAGUGUUGAUGAUAAGGAGAAUUCAAAGGAAGACAUAAAGGAUGAUAGAAACUCAGCUUCUGUUACUGUUGAAAGUUGUCCAUCUUGUGAAGAAAUAUGCUUAAAUCCAAAUGUUUUUACUGAGUUUAAAAUGGCAGGAACUGAGGAGGAGAUUGCCACUGAUGAGGCAAUAGUGAGAAAGGCUGGUACUUAUCUUGUGGAUACAGUUCUUCCCAAGUUUGUGGAUGAUCUUUGCUCCCUAGAGGUUUCACCUAUGGAUGGUCAGACAUUAAGUGAUACCCUUCAUUCUAAUGGAAUAAAUGUCCGGUAUCUUGGUAAAGUAGCUAACAUGACGAAGCAUUUGCCUCAUAUAUGGGAUCUUUGCACCACUGAGAUCAUUGUUCGGUCAGCUAAGCAUAUCUUAAAGGAUGAAUUGAGGGAAACUCAAGAUCAUGAUCUCAGCCCAACUAUUUCACAUUUCUUUAAUUGCUUUUUCGGGCAUGUAUCUAUCGAAACAAAGAGUAACGCCAAUAAUCUGCAGUCAAAAGCUCAAAAGAAGGAUCAAGCAUACCAACACUCAUCUAAAAAAUCUGGUAAGGGGCAAAUGAAAUGGAGCCAAUGCCCAUCUCCUAUAAAAGUUCAUUCAUCCCAAACACAUUUAAACUCUGAAGAACUUUGGUCUUCUAUUCAGGAAUUUGCAAGAUUUAAAUAUCAGUUUGAAUUGCCAGAUGAUGCAAAGUUACGUGUUAGAAAGAUCUCGGUUAUCCGAAAUUUGUGCCAAAAGGUAGGAAUAUCAAUUGCAGCACGAAAAUAUGAUCUCGAAGCUGGCUCACCCUUUCAGACUCUAGAUAUCCUUAAUCUCCUACCAGUUGUCAAGCAUUCUGUUCCAUUGUGUUUAGAGGCUAAGAAUCUAAUAGAAGCAGGAAAAGCUAGAUUGUCUGAGGGAACACUAAAUGAGGCCUAUACCUUUUUUUCUGAAGCAUUUUCAGUACUUCAACAGGUUACAGGUCCUAUGCAUAGAGAGGUUGCCAAUUGUUGCCGGUAUCUUGCAAUGGUUCUAUAUCAUGCAGGUGACAUGAAAGGAGCAAUCACCCAGCAACACAAGGAGCUGAUUAUAAAUGAACGGUGUCUGGGUCUUGAUCACCCUGACACUGCUCACAGCUAUGGAAAUAUGGCUUUAUUUUACCAUGGUCUUAAUCAGACUCAGCUGGCUCUGAGACAUAUGUCCCGAACACUGCUCCUCCUAGGCAUCUCUGCAGGGCCUGACCAUCCAGAUGUUGCCGCAACGUUUAUAAAUGUUGCCAUGAUGUACCAAGAUCUUGGGAAGAUGGAUACCGCUCUUCGGUACCUACAAGAAGCAUUGAAAAAGAAUGAACGGCUUCUUGGUUCAGAUCAUAUCCAAACCGCAGUUUGUUAUCAUGCACUUGCCAUUGCAUUCAACUGCAUGGGUGCUUACAAACUUUCUAUUCAGCAUGAAAAGAAAACUUAUGAUAUACUGGUUAAACAACUUGGGGAGGAUGAUUCAAGAGCGCGUGAUUCUGAUAAUUGGAUAAAGACAUUCAAAAUGCGUGAGGCACAGGCUAACGCGCAGAAGCAAAAAGGACAGGUAGUGAAUUCAUCUUCUGCCCAGAAAGCAAUUGAUAUCUUAAAGGCAAAUCCCAACCUGAUUCAAGCAUUCCAGGCCGCCGGUGGAGUAAACACUUCAUCCAUGGAUAGAUCCAUCAAUGCAGCUCUAGUCGGCGAGGGUUUCCCUCGAGCUCGAGGUGUCGACGAACGAGCAGCUCGAGCUGCAGCCGAAGUUCGCAAGAAAGCUGCAGCAAAAGGCCUUCUUGGGCGUCCAAAUGGUAGUCCAGUUCAAACAAUGCCGUGGAACCAAUUCCUCACCAUUCUCAACAACUCUGUAGUAGCUUCACCUGCUUCAGAAGCUCAGCCUAAUAACGAUGCUCCAAGUGCGGAUAAAUCAAAUGGAACCAGUGAAGGCCAGAAGGUGAAUCAGGCUCCUGCUGGCUUAGGAACCGGAUUGGCUUCCUUGAAUUCGAAGAAACAAAAGCAAAAAGCCAAAGCUCAGGCCUGAAAGAUCUUCUUACAGAACCAUCUGCGUAUAUAUUGACCUGAUAUCAGCUUUUUAGAAAUCAGUACUUCGAUUCGUUAAUAAGUGGCCACCUGAGUUUUUUUUUUUUUUUUAAAUUA